AUGCCGCGGCUUCUGAUCCUGGCUGGCAAGCUAGCUCUCUGUACUUCGCUGCACACUUCGUACCCGUGGACGUUGUGUCACAGUUUGACACGUGAAGUGCUUGUCAUUGGAACCGCAAUGGAUUCGUUAGUUUGUGCCGACUCCGGGCCGGGAUAUCACGCUGCCAGCUGGGUUAUCUUAAACGGCCAGGGUAGAUCGGAAUCGGAUGAGACCACUGAUCCUGGUCAGGUCGUACAGCUAUCAAAGAGGUCGAAGUUUGGACCAGACGGCCAAGCGAGCUAUCACUCUUUCCCAUUUAGUGAGAGUCAAGAUCCCCUCGUUGCAUGUGCGGGAUUGCCUGGAAGAUGCUCAAGAGAUAAGGAAUGCUGUCGCCUCGUGGUCUCCAGCUUAUGCAUGAAUACAUCUUUUUGUACGAUGAAUCCCAAGCACUUCUUCAUAGACCUGCCAAACGAUCUGCUCUUGACCUUUGAAGCGCAAGCGUCGAUGACGGAAUGCACAGCUACUGGUGUGAGAAGAGUCAACGUCUGCCACUUGAGGUCCUCCAGGUUCGCCGAUGCAGCAAUGAACGUUCGAGAAGAGAAGAAAAGCGCAGUGCCUGAAAGUUGGAACUUUUGCGAGCCGGCAACGUCCCUCCAGCUUGACUCUCUAGCGCAAGAUGUGCCACGACAGCGGCGGCGGCGCGACUGCUGGAUCACCGCCAUCACACAUCGCCGACAAUCAGACUCGCCAUCAUCUGCGACCUCAGCAAUGAUACCCAAACCAACUCAAGAAAAUCCAACCAAGCCCAAGCAAGAGCACUUUCGGCUUCUCGACUUGCCACCAGAACUGGUCGUCCGCAUUGUUGAAUACGCAGUGAUCACCAGUUCAAAAGAAUGCCCGCUUGAAUUCAAACCAGACUCGGCAGUUCAACCUGCAAUCACGCGAGCUUGCCGUCUACUGCGAGCAGAAGGAGUCAAGCUUUUCUACGGGUCCAAUUACUUCGUCCUCAACGCCAGCGAUUCCGAAACCGAGGUGUUUUGGCAAUGGUACGCAUGUAUCGGGCGACAGCAGGCAGUCAAGAUAGACAGCCUCUUCGUCAGAGUGGUGGAUAGCUCAGGCAAUCGGAUGAGCCUUCUUGGACUGCAAUGGGAUUGGUGGGUGACGGAAGUAGCAUUUCUCAGGAGUUACAUGGCACAGGCUGGUGUAGUGGCAGCGCUUUCCAUUCAGAUGGCGGGCGAGAAAGUGGCUAUGUAUCAUUCCCUCGGAGAUCGGACUUAUGUGUGCUAUCAGAUCUCAUUCAAAGACCGCUCGGGAGAUGCUGAAGGCUGGCGGGGACUGAGGGCCUUUCCUCGCGUGGAUUUGUAUCAUGCUGAUUACGAUGAGGACGAAAUGAUGAGGGAGGAUUGGUGGACCUGGCAAUCCUGA